AUGGCAAAUGCUGUUAAAGGCCCUCCCGAUGCAUCUAAUACUUUUGACUCCAACCCAUUAAUGAAUCUGAUGAUCGAGAAAGGCAUCGUAGCCUCUACCCGUGCUCCAGACCCGGUAUUCGUGGACGUUGUUGGAGAAGUUACUGGUACCUGUUUGGAUGAUUUGUCCGCCUCCCUCAACCAGCUGCGUUUUGCUCAGAAACGACUACAUACUCAAAUUGAGGAACUAGCGGCCGAACACUAUCCGGUGUUCUUGGCUAAAGCGGAAGCCAGUCAAACAGUACUUCAAAAUAUCUCGGGUAUCGUCUCAGUCAAUGAACAACUUGUAUCGAAAUUGCCAGGCUUGGUUGAGGACUGUAAAACCUUUCUAAGCAAGGCAGACACAGUUGGCGAUGCUCUAAAAUUAAAUGGUAAAGCAUUAGACAAACAUACACAACUUUUAGAGUUACUUGAAUUGCCACAACUGAUGGAGACCUGUGUUCACAAUGGCCACUUUGAUGAUGCUAUUGCUAUCCUUUCCUUUGCGAAAAAGCUGACGAGUAAACACGGCACUGCAUUGCCUGCUCUUCGUGUCAUCGGAUCACAAGUAGAAGCCGUUGGUUCUCAACUCAUUCAUCAUCUUUGCAAUCAGCUCCGUUCCCCAAUCUCUCUUCCUGCCAGUAUCAAGGUCGUGGUUUUCUUACGACGAACCGGUGUAUUCACUGAGCCCGAACUGCGACUGAAAUUCUUGCAGGCACGUAACUCCUGCCUGGAAACACAACUGAUUACUAGCCUCAACGCACCUCGUCUGGGGGAAAGUGGACACAAGGACUCGAAUGACCUAAAGGGUGGCUUUCGCCCCUUGGCUAAUCGCACUGCAUAUGAAGCUUAUUGGAGAGCAACGCGACGGAUUGAAAUUACGCGAGUACAAUUAUUCGAUAUUGCAACACAAUAUAGAACUAUUUUCACCGAGGAGGAAGCUUUGAUUCAACGGGGUUUGCGGACCAGCACUCCCUCAUCGCAAAUGGGUAAAUCAGGACAGUUGACACCUACCUCACUCUUGUUUAACUCUGAUGGAUUUGAAGAUAAGCCCCAGAAGUUGGGUUAUACCCUAUUCCACGCUUGGUUGAUCUACAGAAUCACAAUUUUCUUGGACUCGAUCGCACGGGAUUUGAACCAGAUGUUACAUCAUCCUGCUUGGAAUGCGCAAGAAGUGACAGAUCGUUGGUCCAUGUCCGCUGCUUCUUGUGGUGGUGGAGGCGGCUCUGCCUCAAUCACGAGUGAUACGGAUUUGGAGGCACUAUUCACCCAACUUCAGUCACUUUCCUCUCAAACCAUGUAUUUUGGACGUUCGUUUACGCGUAUCGGGUGUGACUUCAGGCCCCAUUUGGUAGACGUGUUUAACAAUGCCAUUCUGUCCUUUGUACAGGCGUAUAUGGACAAUGUGGUUACCGAAUUUACGAUUGCACUCGAACACCUCAUGUGGAGAAUGCCUGACUCUUCUUUGGAGACAAAAGUGAAUGGGUUAGAUAAUGCCACGGAUCCUGACCAACUCCUGCUUUACCCACCUUUGGCACUGCUGCACAAUCGUUUUGCCGCUUUGUACAAUGGUCUUCGUGUGUGCUGCCCGCUCGGCUUGAGAUCUAGAUUGGUAUGUGUUAUCACCACCGGACUUCAGUCAGCUGCGUCGCAUAUCGUUUCCGUCUAUCGGGCCUCAGUUGAUCAGCAAACAGUCAAUUGGCGGGCAGAAGCAGCCUCUCUAUCGGAAGCAUUCGGUCAACUUCUUGUACCCAUUCUAUUGGAUGGUCUGUUAAAUCGGUUACUGAGCAAUCAGGCUGAAACAAAGAUGACUCCAGGGGAUUGGGGCGUUACCAUACAGCGUCUGAGAAAGUUUAUUUGCGCAACACUUCACACGUGUUUCCAUCGCUCUGUUGUUUCGACGGACCAUGCAAACGGGAUUCAGGGAAGUUCGUCACCAAUAAACAAUCGUGAUUCAAGUGCCAACAAUGUGAACGAGGUGCAGUCCUCUCCAUUGGAGAUACAACCAAAUCGAGGGGGUUCAUUCAAAAGAAUGCCACCAGAAUUCCUCAAAGAAUAUGUGCCCAAAAUUGAUCCAGCUGCGUUGGAUACUUAUCGGAACAGAUUCAUACCUGCCGCCCGUGAAAAGUUUGGGGACUUAAAUCGCCCGGUGCCGAAGGCUGAAAUGAAUCGCUUGUAUCCAGAACUGUUACCACACAACCUGGAUCCACGAUAUCGUGAUAAACUGAGGGAACGUUUAGAGCGCCGAGAAAUGAUGCUACGACGCAAACAUCUCUCUAUUCCCGAAUUUUACGUAGGUAAGUAA